AUGCCAAGUUUCGCAGCAAGUAGUACCGGAAGUCAGCAAACAGCCGCUUUAUUCAACUCCACAUUUAGCCCAAGACCGGAAGUUUUGUUAAAAACCGCAGUCGUCAAAGUUUACGCAGAAAAUCAGAACGCUCAAGCAAAUAUUUUAUUUGAUGAAGGGGCUCAGUGUUCAUUUAUAUCGGAGAAACUCGCAGAUCAGCUAAAUAUCAAACCUUGUGACAACACUGUCGUCAAUCUGGCAGCGUUUGGAGAUUCAUCUCAGAAAGUACGACAUCUGAAGACGGCAACAAUAUAUUUACUUACCGACGACGGCGACAAGAUACCUCUAAAUGUUUUGAUCGUUCCGGUAAUUGCCGUUCCGCUACGUAAUAUUCCGCAGUCCGUAACGUCGUUACCGUAUCUCAGACACCUAGAGUUAGCGCAUCCCGUUAUAGACGAUGACAAGUUCGAGAUUUCAUUACUAAUAGGAGCUGACUAUUUUUGGAAAAUAGUGGGAAAUAAGAUAAUUCGAAGAAAUGGUCCUACAGCCGUGAGUUCGAGGGUUGGAUAUUUACUCUCGGGUCCAGUUUCAGUUACUAAUGUUAUGACUCAGUCCUGCUUCGCACUGAACGUGAUGACUACAGACAUUGAAAAAUUUUGGAAACUAGAGUCUAUUGGAAUCAGCCCCGAAGACGACAGAGAAGUAUGUAAACUAGAAACAUAUCAACAAAACAGUAUUAAGUUCAUUGAUGGAAAAUAUGAAGCAAAACUGUCCUGGAAAGAAGACCACGCCCCACUCCCUACAAACGUAGAAGUGACAAAGAGAAGGACAGAAUCCCUUGUAAGACGGCUCCGCCGAGAACCGAACAUCUUUCAGGAAUAUUCAGAGAUCAUACAAGAGCAAGAGAGGCGAAAUUUUAUAGAGAAAGUGGACGAGAAUGAACAACAACCCGAUCGAAUGCACUACAUUCCACACCAUGCAGUGAAGAAGGAUUCAGCCACGACGCCUAUACGUAUAGUAUAUGACUGUAGUUGCCAAGAAACAUCACAGAAACCGUUUAGACUCUACCCCACUCACAUUGAAUGA